AUGCCGCACACCACACCAAACCACCCCAAGCCCCAGCACUCGCACCUAACUCCCAAUACCCACCACACCACUCACCCACACCCCACCCGCAUCCGCACCCACAUCAACAACACACGCAACCCAGCACUCGCCUUAACUCCCUACCCACCACACCCUCACCCACACUCGCAUUCCGCAUCCGCACCCACACCAACAACCGUACCCACUCGACACAGCACUCGCCCUACAAUCCCACACAGCACCCACGACCCCUCACCCUCACCCUCACCCACACCCGCACCCAACCCACACCAACAACCAACACUCGCCCUAACUCCCAUACCAACCCACACCUCACCCCGACCCUCACCCACAUCCACAACCCGCAUCCGCACAACACCACAGAAAGCCGUCGUUUUAGUCCAAAUCUCUCCAUACACAGAACCCCCGUUUGGUAAACCCUGGCAGCAUGAUUUCAAUAUAAAUGGAAAUGCUGCUGACUUGG